ACGUGCGUCACAAACCGGAAGUCCAGAGCUAAUAGCCAUCAGCAGAAAUGAAGAUGACAGAAGAAAACUCUCUUGAAAGGUUAAAUGUAACGAUGGAUGAUGUGAACGCUAUGAUUAAAAAAAAAGAAGAAAUUGAGGAGCAGAUAAAGGCGUACUAUGAUGUCUUAGAGGACCAGGGGGUUGGAGUUGAGGGUCCACUGGUUGACGCUGAGGGUUACCCACGAGCGGAUGUGAAUUUAUACCAAAUCAGGACGGCGAGACACAACAUAUCAUGUCUGCAAAACGACCAUAAGGCCAUCAUGGCAGAGAUAGAGGAAGCCCUGCACAAGCUGCACGCUCGAGAGAAGGCCAAGCGAGAACAGGACCAAGCAGAAGCCACAGAGGAGCCCAUGGAGCAGCAGGUCACCCUGCCUCCUCCUUUUGCACAAGUGGACACCGUGACUGAAGGUUCACCUGCCUCUGCAGCGGGCCUCAAAGUUGGAGAUGAAGUCAUUGAGUUUGGCUCUGUAAACACCAAGAACUUUCAGAACCUCCAGAAUAUUGCAUCUGUCGUGCAACACAGUGAAGGGAAAGCUCUGCGUGUCACGGUUGUAAGGGCUGGCCAAAAGGUUCAGGUGAAUCUCACCCCACAGCGAUGGUCCGGCAGAGGUCUGCUGGGAUGCAACAUUGUUCCUGUCCAGAGAUAAACUACACAACUUACAUUCUGGAACUUUUCCCCCACUUUCCUUUUUGAGUGAUUUCCCAAUGACUUUGUAUACAAGAGCAGAAUAUGGGACAAUAAAGAACACUUGAGAUUAAAUAUUUGGCAGACAGUUUUCUGCAUUUGCAAAAGUUGGGACUGUUAGUUUUCCCUUCUGCAUAACAAAAAUAGAUUUAGAUUUUUCUAUAUUCUUCAUCUUGGUUGAAAUUAGUGACUGACUUUAGGAUACAGUGAUUAAAGAAAAAA